UCGAGCAGCGCAGACGCGUUGUGCGCCUGAGCAAUUUUCUCUCUCUCAAAGUUAGAAACUUGACUUUUCAGCUUCUUGUGCUUCGUUGUUGAUCCUCGUUGAUCGUUGUUCGCAUAUUUUCAUUUUGUGUAAUGAUUCUUUAUAAAUUAACAAAUUAAUUUAUUCGCGAUAACGGUAAAAACAAAACAACAGAGACCUGUAGUGAAAGAAUUUUUUUGCCGUCGGGAGUGCGAAAGAGGGUUGUGAGUUAUUCGAAGAGUGAAGCCUACGAAAAUUAAUUAAAGAGGGGCAAAGAGAGAAUCUGUUUGAAAAGAGUGAUAGCGAAGAGAAAUGAAGGGGGAAAGGGGUAAAGCGACGGACUUCAGCAUAGCGGCCAUCAUGGCGCCCAGGGGUCCGUCCUUCGGACAUUACCACCUGCAGGGCCUUAGUGGUAACGCGUCAGCCAACACCAAUGUGGAAUGCGGCAGCAAGGCUUUCAGCACACUUGACCACCAGGACGUUCGAGCGCCGUUGAAUAUUGUUGCGACAGCAACGGUCGUAACGAACGAGGCACUUUUAGACGAUGACGAGGGUGAAGAAGGAAUUGGAGAGGGCGAAAGUGAAGGAACUGAGAAAUCUGCAAAUGAGGAAGACGAGGAGGUUGAUGUUGAUGUUGAGGAAUGUAGUAGUGUUGAAGAGGGACCGGUUAGUUUUGUCGAUGAUCUCUCAAGCCGGAAGUACCAGAAUGGCAAUGAUGUUGAGAGGAAGCAUCGACGAAGAACAACCUGUAAUUCCGACGAAUUAAGGGAUGUUGAAUGUCAUCUUGAGACUAAGGAACUUUGGGACAAGUUCAAUGACCUUGGCACCGAGAUGAUCAUUACAAAAACCGGCAGACGAAUGUUUCCGACCUGUCGUGUGUCCUUCAGUGGAUUAAGAUCCGACGGGCAUUACGCAGUUUUGAUGGAUAUCGUACCGGUGGACAAUAAAAGGUACCGAUACGCCUAUCACAGGAGUUCUUGGUUGGUGGCCGGAAAAGCUGAUCCUCCGGCUCCUGCGAGACUUUACGUUCAUCCCGAUUCGCCAUUUAAGGGAGAGCAACUUCGAAAACAGGUCGUUUCAUUUGAAAAAGUUAAGCUCACCAACAAUGAAAUGGACAAACACUGCCAGAUUAUCCUAAAUUCGAUGCAUCGAUAUCAGCCCAGGAUACAUUUGGUUCGAUGUCGAAAUAACAGUAAUCAUCAGAUCACGGACCUGCAGAAAGAGGAGCACAAGACUUUUAUUUUCCCAGAAGCAAUUUUCACGGCGGUGACCGCUUACCAGAAUCAGUUGAUCACAAAGUUAAAGAUCGACAGUAAUCCGUUCGCUAAGGGGUUCCGAGAUUCAUCCCGUCUCACAGAUUACGACAGAGACCCAAUGGAGUUGAUGGAGCAACAACUAGUGAGAUGUGGAGUUCCAUCGGUAAGACUGUAUGAACAUCUAGCGAUAUCAUCACCGGCGGCGGCAGCUGCGGCGCAAAGUAUACACCAACAGCAGCAGCAGCAACAACAUCAACAACAACAACAACACCACGACGGCUCACAACAUGCGUUACCACCUUGGCUAUCGCCAUCAAGCACCCUCCUCUACAGUGGGGUCACGCAAAAUCACAGUAGGGGUGGCACGCCAACGGCUUACCCGGCCAGUCCGACCUUCCCCUACCCGGUGGCUCUGCCGUGGCCCUGGCAACCCCCGGUAGCGAUGAUCUCCCGACGAUCGUCUCCCUCGUCGGCGACAGCUAGCCCCGGGGUCAGGUAUGCUCCCUAUCCGCGACCCGCCUCCACACCGCCGCCUUUGCGCGCACGCCCGUCCACCCCCAAUUAGCGAUCCACCGGCUACCACACCCCCCGAACACUACGAACACUACAAGUACUACGAGCCGAGACUGUCUAGAGUCGUCGCUAUAUUUCCCGGUGCUCACAUUCUUCGAUUUCUUCGAGGCUGCUAUCUACAUUUCACUCUUUUGCAGUUUCUUUUUACAAGGAGAAUAUUUCACAAUUUUUACUCAACAUCAAUUUCAACUUUUCUUCUAUCUAUGCGCACUGCAAAAACAGUUGUCUUCUUAAAUUUAUUUUUCGAAGAUAUUACAUGUCUUCGGUUUGUCUUUAUUUUUAGAUCCUUUACGGUUCGGCUUUACUUAUCUGAUGCGUCUUGAAUGCAACUCUCUAAAUUAACCGAAAUUAACCUUCAGAAGGCCGGUAAAUUUGCCAAGAUUUUAGUAGUUUUUUAUUUUCGAAAAUUUAUAAAUAAGAAGAAGGGUUGCCACGUUUUUGCUCAUUUUUUAAAUUCCCUGACUUUUCCAGAUUCUCCAGUUUAAAAAACGGAAUUUUUCCAGGUUUUUAAAACUACAUUUAUAUUUUACAAAAUUGUUAUUUCUAACCUUUUUGAAAUUAAACAAC